CUCGUAACAACGGUCCUCGCCACGCCAACGAAUGUCAUCCGCGAGCGAACACUCGUUCAACACGAUGCCGCAGCAAUCCAGAGCAGCAUUGCCGACAUAAACAGCAAGACCAUUGCUCUAGGAGACGACAUCACAGCGUACACAGGCGGGGACACCUCAGCCAUAGAAAAGACAUCGACUGAUCUUGUUGCUACCAUCAAUGCUGGCACCGAUAUUGUUCUUGCCGGCGAUGACUUGACUUCAACGGAUGCGUUGAACCUGGUGGGCCCUAUUCAGACGUUGACAAAGAACGUCGAUGCUACCAUCUCCGCCCUUAUUGAUAAGAAGGAUCCGGUCGUCGAGGCAGGCUCCGGUGCAUCGGUUUAUGCCCAGCUCCAAGAGCAGUUGGCUGCGGCCACUAGCUUUGCUGACGCUCUGACCAGCAAGGUUCCGGAAUCGCUCAAGGAGAUCGCCGAUGAGUUGUCGUCUGGUAUCAAGGCAUCUAUCCAGAAGGGCAUCGAUGCCUAUGAGGAUGUUUCCACGCCCACCACAACAGCGACCUCGACUACUUCGACAACAACUACUGAUACUCCUAGCCCAACUGAGACGACUACAACUCCACCCCCUACUAGCACCUCGACCACAUCUGGGCCAGACGAGACAGACACGUCCACUCCG